AUGCGGCGUCUUCUGUCGGCCUUUGGCAGAACUGCGCGGCACUACAGAAGUGAGAAGACGCGGCGUUGCCUCGAGCUGCUCGAGCUGGGUGGCUAUGAAGAGAAUGCGUCGGAGCUCUGCAAGAACUGCAAGGCUUUCUUCAGCUGUCGGCAAUCCGAGAAUGCGACCCGGCUCGUUCGGGCCACGCUGACGUCUUGCCGAUCGUUGCCAGCAGAGCUGGCGCUUCAGCCUUGCUGGGCUCUGAGGAUUCUCGACCUGGGAUCGUUCCGCUGCCUGGAGCCGCGAACUCUCAAGAUCUUGGUUUCGACGUUCCCGAAACUUCGAGUUCUUCGCAUUCAGCCGGACGAGGGAUACGAGGAGCUUCCAUCUUCUGCAGAAGCGGAAGGAACCUUUUGGCCGACGUUGCAGGGCCUGGAGGUUCAAUUCGCCACGCCUUUGCCUCCGGCGUGGCUCUGCGAGCUGCGAGGACUCCGCCGCCUGCAUAUUUCAGCCACCGACCGUGGUGCGAUGAUUGCUUUACCGCCCUGCCUGGGAAACCU